GCAAACGAGGGAUAGGGAGGGACAACUAUCUCUCCCUAUCUUCUCUUUUCUCCCCACUUAACCCACUUAAACACACUCUCAUCCUUUUUUUUCUUUUCUUUUCUCUCCCUAUCCUUCCAAAUCAACUCUACCAUACACACCCUAUAUGAAUUUUUUCAUAUAUAUACAUUGACAGACCUCCAACCAGCAGUUAAAACCCUAGAAGUAGUCUUCAGUAAAAGAGAAGAGAAGAUGGAGUUCUGCUUAAGGGUAGCAAACCGAUUCCUGCAGAAGGAAGCCAAAACUAAUGGCAAUAACAGUGCCUGCUCUCCAUUCUCAUUCAACGCUAUUCUCAACAUGGCUGCUGCGGGAUCGACUGGCCGUACCCUAGACCAAUUUCUUCACUAUCUUGGAUCAGAAAGCGUGGAGGAUCUCAACUCCAAGACUUCGGCAUUAAUUCGUCUGGUAGGAUCUUCUUCAGAGAUUAGUAGUACAAGUGGAGGUCUUAUUCUAUCUUUUGUUAGUGGGGUUUGGGUGGAUCAAUCUUUUCCUCUCAAUUCUUCUUAUCAACAUCUUGUUCAACGUCUUUACAAUGCUCAAGCCAAAACUGUUGAUUUUCAAAACAAAGCUGAUGAAGUUAAGGAUGAAGUGAAUACAUGGGCGGAAAACAAAACCAAAGGGCUCAUUAAGGAUCUUGUAAGCAAUCUUGCUGAAGAUACAAUAAUUGUGCUAGCAAAUGCGCUCUACUUCAAAGGAAAUUGGGAGAAAAAGUUUAAUGCAUCACAGACAAGAGACAGAGAUUUUCACCUACUCAAUGGAGAAAAAGUUUCAGCCCCUUUUAUGACCUCUAUGAAUUACCAAUUUUUCGGAUCCUUUGAUGGUUUCAAACUUGUCAAGAUCCCGUAUCAAAAGGGCGAAGAUGGAAGGCAGUUCUCAAUGUCAAUAUUUCUUCCCAACGAGAGAGAUGGGCUGCAGAGUUUGAUACAACAGUUUGAGUCUAAUAAUUGGUUCUUGCAUCAUCUUUCCGAGCUACGAAAGGUUGAACUUGAUGCUUUCUGGAUUCCAAAAUUUAAGUUCUCACACAAAAUGGAUGCUAAAAAAACCAUCAAAGAAUUGGGAUUGACAAGGCCUUUCGAAUAUCAUGAGGAGCUCACAGAAAUCUCCAACACCAAGGGACUUGUUUUCUCGGAGAUUUUUCAAAAAUGUUACAUAGAAGUCAACGAGGAAGGUACAGAGGCUGCAGCUGCUACAUAUAUGGGUAAAUUGAAGUGCCGUUCUGGUUAUACGCCUCCAAAGCCAACCUUUGUGGCCGAUCAUCCUUUCAUCUUCAUGAUUAGGGAAGAAUCAUUUGGGGUUGUGUUAUUCACUGGAGCUGUCAUCAAUCCUCUCUUGAAAGGCUGAUUCCCUCAUUGCGGAAUGGUGAAAUUGAUGCUGCAUACUGGAGGAUUUCAAAAUUUACUUCUUCUUUGGUAAAUAAGAUUUCAAAGUUGUUAGCAAGUUGCAGAUUCAUACACGCGUAAUAUUGUUCUUAACAAGCCUUAAAAUUCUUUCCUUUUUUUUUUUUUUUUUCCCGGCAAACAAAGGCACAUUAAGAAGGAUUACAA